CAGACACGCAGUGCAGUAUGGCGGUUCUGGCUGGGAGUGGAGUUCUGUCUCGGACGUUUCGGUCUGUUACAUUAUGCCCCAGCAUUAACGGAGCUCGUAGGCUGUACGUGAAUGCAAAAUCCCUUUACCAUGCUCUCCUCACAAACGAAUUGCAAAGACUUCGACCUGGGGGAGGUACAGUGGGUCGACUUUACAGCUCAGAGGCCAAGUCGAGUGGUGCAGACGACCUGAGCGUUAGGUACUUGGAUGGAGAGGACUCAGGAAUUGUGGUGCUUGGAAUACACAGACCAAAGGCUAAGAAUGCAAUAAGUAAAAACCUUGUUAAAAUGAUGACUGAGGCUGUAGAUGCAGUAAAAAGUAAUAAACGUGUUCGGACAGUCAUCAUAUGCAGUUUGGCGCCUGGAAUAUUCUGUGCUGGUGCUGACUUAAAGGAGAGGGCAAAAAUGCAUCCCAGUGAAGUUGGACCAUUUGUUUCAAAAGCGAGAGCCUUAAUGAAUGAACUAGGUAAUCUUCCAAUGCCAACAAUUGCAGCAAUUGAUGGUGCUGCUCUAGGGGGCGGACUGGAAAUGGCUCUUGCUUGUGACAUCAGAAUAGCUGCCAGUACUGCUAAAAUGGGAUUAGUUGAGACCAAAUUAGCCAUCAUCCCUGGAGCAGGUGGCACCCAGCGACUGCCUCGUGCAAUCGGAGCGUCCCUAGCCAAGGAGCUCAUCUUCUCGGGGCGAGUGGUGGAUGGAGAUGAGGCCAAAUCCCUGGGACUCGUGAACCACUCAGUGGAGCAGAACAAGGCGGGAGACGCUGCCUACAGGAAAGCACUAGACCUGGCGCGAGAAUUCAUCCCUCAGGGACCCAUAGCAGUCAGAAUGGCUAAACUUGCCAUUAAUCAGGGGAUUGAGGUUGACUUGGCAACAGGUUUAGCAAUUGAAGAAGCAUGUUAUGCUCAGGUAAUUCCGACGAAGGACAGACUUGAAGGUCUUGAAGCUUUCAAAGAGAAGAGACCUCCACGUUACAAGGGAGAAUAAGAGGAAGACCUACUAAGCAGUGCUGCCUUCUUUUGCUUUUCACUUAUUCUGUGUCAUUCAUAAGGUAUAAUGAAAGCGAUAUAGACCUUCAAAGCUGUUAGCAUUUGAGUUGCUUGUGAUACAUGUAAAUGAAAACAUAUGUAAGGCCGGGAAAACACUUUGGAGUAGAAAGAAAGACAUCAUAAUGGAAUAUACACAGUGUUUGGGACAGUUACUUUUAAGAAGUAAUCCAUUAUAAUUGUUUGCUUUUGCAAGGGAGUACUUUUUAAAAUUAACAUGAUGUUGGAGGAAAUGAUUUUUGUCUUCACUUAGAAUUAUCCAUGAAGUAUGUGCAUUGUUACUAUAUGAAGUAAUACAUUAUCUGAAUCUGAAUAUCUUAAAAGCAAUUUCCCCCAACUUUUUAUUCAUUUUAAAAGUAUGUUCUUACAAAAGUAACUUCUAUACUUUUAAAUUUAAAUUAAAUUAAAGUAAUUUGCACAAGAUUAAUAUAAGCUAGUAUGUUAUGGAACAUUGUGAACAGCUGCAUUUAGAUCUGUAUGCUAUAGGUUGUCCUAACUACAAUAUCUGUGGCUACUGUAUGUCAUUCAACUGUUACACAUACCGUGUUUCAAUCAAUUAAGCAUUCUAAGGGAAUGUAAGCAAUUUCUUUUUAACAAAAGUAAUAGAGAAAUGCAUCACAUGCAUUUCGCAGAAACAAACUUAAAUUAUUUUUAAUACAUUUUGGAUUUUGAAAAUGUUGCUUUUGAAUUACAUUAAAAUCACUGCAAGGGAUGAAAUGUUAAUCAAUGUAUUUUGUUUUGUUUAAAAGGUUAAGAAUGUCAGUGUCAUUACUGCCUUGCAAAAUGUAGUUGUUAUAAUAAAGCAUAUUGAUUAAUUUUCUCUGUUAGGAAUGCUGUUCGUUAUAUAAUGACCGCGCUGCAGUUAUAUAAACUAAUUUAAAAGUACAUCUGGUUUCAUGGAUUACUAAUAUUGUUUAAAAAUACCUUACUGUAAAAAGGCAUUGGUUUACGAAGGAGUGUAAAAGGAAUACAUGAUCAGUACUGUACUGUAUUUAAUAACAUACUUAGACACAAAUACUAGUAUAUGAAAUAAAUAUAAUUUCAUGCUGCAUUUAAGGUCUCUUGAGUGUCUGAAUACCUCUAAUAUUAUUAUCUCUUCCUGUCCAACUAGCAAUCUAAGAUACCAAAACAUUCCUUGAAUAAAAUAAGCUUGGAUCCUUAGAGAUAUACAGAGAAAAUGUCUAAUUACUGCUAUAUUAAUUUUGUCAAACUAUAUUCAUAUGAAAUUGAAUGAGCUUUGCUUCAAGAAAUGUAAAAAAAACUAAAAUGCAAUAAACAUACUAACUGAAAGUAA